AUGAUCGGUGCAUUUAGAUAUGCGAAUCGUGCUAAAAAUAUCAAGAACAAGCCGAAAAUCAACGAGGAUCCCAAGGAUGCGUUGCUCAGAGAGUACCAAGAAGAGAUUGAACGACUCAAGGCAAUGCUUGCUCCAGGAGCAAAUGCAGCUCCUGUCCCGCAAUUUGAUGUCGAAGCUGAACGUGCGAAAUUACGUGAAGAGCUCGAGGCGACAAUGACUGAACUGAGAGAAGAAUAUCGGAAAGAACAGUUGAGCAAAGCUGAGUUGGCGCAUGAGCUUCAAGUGCUCAAGGAGCAAUAUGAAAAGGCAAACUCCGACCUCGACACAAUGGAGGGUUUGGAUCCGAAUGAGGCGGCUAGAAAACUGCAGCAACUUCAGCAGCAGUUUGUCGGUGGUGAAAUGGCUGAUAAUGAACAACUGAAGCAGAAACGAACGAAGAAAUUGAAGGAGGCUGAAACGAAAAUGCAGCGGCUCGCCGCCGCCUUGAAUGUGCACAGGGACGAUCCGCUUCUACAGGUCUACAGCUCUACCCAGGAGAAGUUGGAUGCUGUAACAGCCGAGCUUCAGAGAGAGAAAAAUCGCUCAAAAGCCCUGGAAAGCGAAAUAGAAGAUUUACAAGGAGAGUUUGAACUGGAUCGGCUCGACUACCUCGAGACUAUCCGGAAGCAAGAUCAGCAGUUGAAGCUGUUGACGCAGAUUCUGGAGAAAAUACAGCCCGUAAUAAAAAAGGAUUCAAACUACUACAAUCUCGAGAAGGUGAAAAAGGACGCCGUUUGGAAUGAAGACGAAGGUCGAUGGAUUUUGCCUGAAAUGAGCGUCUCCAGAACUGUACUGCCGACAGCGCACAACGGCAUGAAUAGCAGUGACAAGUCUGCAUCCUUCCUGCGUGACGCAUACGACGAUGAUAGUUCCAAGCUGAGACGAAAACUCGCCAAAAGUGAAGAAGAGAAUAUUGCCAACAACUACUUUCAAACCAAUUCGGCAAAGUAA